GUUUAAAGCCUCUGAUAUAAGUUCGUGUUUAUAUAAAAUUCGUGAUGAUAGUGUUAGAUUGAGGCAAUUCCUUAGUACAGAUAAUGUAGAUGGAAUAGAAGCCAUACUUUCAGAACGUGAAGGUCAUUCUCUACAUAAAAUCAUUGAUGGAGAUGAACCACUCUGA